GUAAUCACCAGUCCUCAACUGCAAUUUGAAUGCACCAUGCAGGAGUCCCUCCUGAGAUCUUGCUCUAGGAAAGCAGACUCACCAAACAGAUCAUCACCUGGGGAACUAUCUAUCCAUGAUCUUGCUCUUGCCCUUGCCCCAUCCCUGUUCCAAUCUAGUUCUCAUCAUGUCACCAAUGAAGCCAAGACUUCUAUGCACCUCAUAGCCAACUUGGCCUUCAAGAAAGGAAAGUUUAUCCAUCGCUCUCGCUCUGCACCAUCUUUAUUAUUCACUGACAUGGGAUUAGAUUUUCAAGAACCAUCUGAACCACACAAGUCAUCAACUUCAAUAGUGAGGCUAUCUUUUCUUGGUGUUUUCUUGUAUGUGGCAAUUGGGGUGACAGUGUACAUGACUAGUGGGAGUUUCAGGGGCACUACCACUUUCAGGCCUGUAGAUGCUGUGUACUUUACAAUGGUAACUCUCUGCACUAUUGGAUAUGGAGAUAUUGUUCCUGACUCCACGUUUACCAAGAUCUUUACAUGUGGUUUCAUUUUGGUGGGUUUUGGAUUUCUUGGUUUUCUGCUCAAUGGAUUGGUUGCAUACAUUUGUGAUACACAAGAGGCAUUCUUGUUGAGCAUGAUGGAUGAGAAUAGAUAUAAGAAAAUUCUCAGGACUUAUAUGGUUGAUGAAGAGAAAGGAAGAAUGAGAAUAAGAACCAAAGUUUGUCUGGCUUUGGCUGUUGUGAUUGGCUGCAUUGCUAUAGGAACAGUCACAGUGCACUUAGUUGAGGACCUGAAUUGGGAUGACAGUAUUUAUCUCUCCAUUACUUCGGUUACAACGGUUGGUUAUGGGGAUUUUUCUCUCAGAACAGUAACCGGAAGAUGCUUUGCAAUUAUAUGGCUUUUGGUAAGCACACUGGCAGUUGCCAGGGCCUUUAUAUACCUUACUGAAUAUAGUAUUCACAAGAGAAAUCGUAAGAUGGCACAAUGGGUUCUUCAGAAGAAGAUAACCUUAUCAGAUUUAGCAGCUGCAGACCUUGAUAAUGAUGGAUCAAUCAGCAAGUCUGACUUUGUCAUAUACAAGCUUAAGCAAAUGGGGAAGAUUACUGAGAUAGACAUUCUGCAAAUAAGCAAACAAUUUGAUUCCUUGGAACAUGGCAUGUAUGGCAAGAUUACUCUUGCUGACCUCAUGGAUACUGUCUAAUAAAUCCAAACAUAUCUUCUAAAAGGGCAGAGCAGUAGUACACGAGACUGCCACUAUUGUAGAGUGUCUCAUGUUUGCAAUCUUAUCCCAUGAAUAGAGUGACUAUUUCUUCUACUAAAACUAGAGACUAUCAUUCAGGCCACAAAGAUAACCUUAGUGUUAUCUCAUCCUUUAUUCUUUUUUUUGGGUCAAACGUUAUAAGUGUAUUGCACAUCAUUACCAAGCAUUUGCCCAUACGCAUGAAAUACGGAUAUUCAGUGAACAGAACUAUAGAAGCAUUGGCCUUUACUUGCACCAAUACUUGUGAAAAUUGAAAAGCAUAAGGUCACGGGUGCCCAUUAUUAUUUGUACUUCUUAGUGCUAGUUCUAUUUGUUUCUUGAUGUGAUGUCAUACUAAUGUAAAAAUAAUACACAAUAUGGAUUUUUGUGGUACUCUAUUUUGAAAAUCAGCAGCUAAAAUAAUAGCUAUAAUACUGAAACAAA